AGAGAGAGAGGGGCUGGAUCUCUAUCAGUCCCUUCAAGCUGAGGACAGCAUCUUGGCUCAUCCAACUCUUUCUCUCUUAUACGUUGAGCCAACCAAACGGGAUCGACGCCCCCUCCACCUCUUUUCCCACCUCGCCCUGCAGUCAUCGACGUGCAGCCGAAGGAGAGGGAUGUCCCUACAGACCGUCUUGUUUUGAAACAAGACAAAAAUACACCUUUACGCACGGAGCUUUCUAUUUGGACGCAUAAAUAUUUUUUUCUACCGGUGGACACCAUGCUUCCCAGUCCGGUUAUAACAUCCUCCAGCACGCCUUUUUCAGUCAAGGACAUCUUGAAGUUGGAGCUGCAACAACAAUCGCAAGAAUUUCAGUUCAUCUCGUGCCUUUCGGGUCUGUCCGGCGCGCUCCCGCUGCAGACCGGGACUCUCCAAGCCCACUCGCCGCCCUCCUGCAUGUUGGCCCGCAGGGACAGCCCGAGUCCAAUCAGUUCGGAGAGCGACGAGAGAAUGUCGUAUCUCGGGGCGCUCGCCGGACCCGAUCGGCUGCACGCGGAGUCCGGGUUGGAGAUGUUCGGGAACCCGGCGCAUAUUCACACAGUGGACCUGGAACUGGAGACCGAGCAGGAAGACCGAGACGACAAGGUCGGCGUUGCGUCGCGGGGCGAGGAGACCGACAAGCCGCCCGGCAAGCAGCAGCGGACCAGAAGGAAGCCCCGGGUGCUCUUCUCUCAGACUCAAGUGUUCGAGCUGGAGCGCCGCUUCAAGCGGCAGCGUUACCUGUCCGCCCCGGAGAGAGAGCACCUGGCCGGUUCGCUCAAGCUCACGCCCACGCAGGUGAAGAUCUGGUUCCAGAACCGCAGGUACAAAUGCAAGAGACAACGGCAGGAUAAGACAUUGGAGUUGGCCGGACAUCACCACCACCAUCACCAUCAUCACCCGCCGGGACCACCGCCUCCUCCGCCGCCGCCAAGGAGGGUGGCCGUGCCGGUGCUGGUACGGGACGGCAGGCCUUGUUUGACUGGAUCGCCUACUUAUAACACUUCCUACUCAGCGGUGGGAGCUCCGAGCGCGUACGGCUACAACGGCUACCCGGCCUACAGCUACAACAACUCGGUGUACACCAACACUUACUCUUGUAGUUUACCUGCUCUACCGGCCUCCAACAGCGCCGCAAACGCCUUCAUGAACAUGAAUUUGGGACCUUUAGGCGCGCAGACGCAGACCCAGUCCGCGCAGGGGGCGGUGGUCCCUCCGUGCCAGGGAACUCUGCAGGGGAUCAGGGCGUGGUAAUGCACCUUUGGACGCACAGCUCGGAUGUACAGUACCUUUUGGGAAUGAUGACUGUAUUCUGAAUGGAGUGCAACCGAAAUGUAAAGGUUUGACUGAAAUAAAUGCAGUCGCCUUUUUAUGCAGUGUGGACAAAACCUUUACUGAACGUUGUCUAUGAAGUUGCUGUACAGCUAAAGUCCGAAUUGAACGCUUUACGCAGUGAAUUGCCACAAGAGAGGAUGUUGAUCUUGAGGCAGCAUCUUUUGGAUAUUUUUAUUUUUUAUUGUGAUAUAUAGGCUAAACAUUGUUUAUCCUUCACAACAUGCACGUGACACAUUUUUUUGUCGGUGAAUUAACGGAGCAGUUGUAUUUAUGGCUGUUUACGCCCACAUAGUUCAAUAAACUGAUAAUGAUAUAUAUGAAAUCAUAAAAUGAGGACAGUGGAAUUCAUUUCUGAAUUUUGUUUUGAAGGUGUGUAAGUGUGUAUUGGAAAUGCUCAACACGCAUUUUUUUAUUUAUUGCAGCAAACGUUUGCGAACAGAUUUUCAUUAUUGAUCAAUCACAAAUUUACCUUUAACGCAAUGAAAUAUCAGCAAAAGAAACUUAGACUUUCUCCUACUCGUUUCUUUUCAUUAAGAAAAAAAUCAUACAAAUAUUUUCUGAAGCUGGGCACUCACACACACUGGGAAAUGCACAUUCAAACCAGGCCUACACCUAAAACCUUUUGCUUAAUUUUCAUUUUGCAUUGUAUUUAUAAUGAUCAUUUAACCAUCUAAUACAAACGUGUUAUUAUUAUAUUUACUUAUUCAAAACGUUUUAUUUUUUCCUUACGUUCUUCACUUAUUGGCUGCAUGACUGGCUGCCUGAUUGUAGGUGUCCGGAUGAUUUUGACGACAUUUUUAGUGCAGGUGCUUGCAAUAAAGU